CGAGAAUCUCGCGAGGACGUUUCUGAGACGAGGUUUGAAUUGGAUGCUAGUAGGUGCAUUUUAACACAGCUCUCACUUCAAGAAGACAGUCAGCAGGUUUUGUAACAGUAAUUCACAAGAGGAUUGUAGGGUUAUGAGCAAGUCCAUCGCUUCCGUGGAGUAGAUUCUCAUCUGGAAUAAACGCUCCUUGUUUUCCGGGAUUAUUGGAACUGGCAUUCCGGAGAAGGGUUUUGGAUUAUUUUCAAUCAAUAAGUGUGAUAAUAAUGUUUCUUUCCUAAACACAAAGGAUAGGAGCUUGUGUGUGUGUGAAACAAAUCGAUUAUGGCUGCUUACGACACUGGGUCCCUCAGGAUUGCUCAAAACGGGAGACCUAACUCUCUACCCGGGGAUGAACUUCAGAGUAUUCAACCAGAACCGUACGACGAGGAGGCUAUACACAAGACAAUCUUGGUUGGAGACAGUGGCGUUGGGAAGACGUCCCUGUUGGUGCAGUUUGACCAGUGCAAGUUCCAGGCGGGUGCAUUCUCGGCGACAGUUGGAAUAGGUUUUACGAACAAAGUCGUUGAUGUGGAAGGAACAAAGGUGAAAUUACAGAUCUGGGACACGGCUGGUCAAGAGCGUUUUCGAAGCAUCACUCGAGCUUAUUACCGUGAUGCUAAUGCUCUUCUCUUGUUAUAUGAUGUCACAAAUAAAGCCAGCUUUGACAACAUCAGAGCCUGGCUAGCUGAGAUUAAUGAAUAUGCACAAGAAGAUGUUGUGAUCAUGUUGCUAGGCAACAAAGCAGACAUUGCUGGAGAGAGGGUUAUUCGGAGAGAGGAUGGUGAGAGGUUAGCUAAGGAAUAUGGGGUUGCCUUCAUGGAGACCAGUGCCAAAACAGGCAUGAAUGUAGAAUUAGCAUUUAUGGCAGUAGCUAGAGAUCUGAAAAUGAAGAAGACGCGUCGUCCCAAUGAGCCGAAAUUUAAUGUAGCAGAUUAUGUAGAACAAGAGAAAAAGAAUGCUAGCUGUUGCAGCUAGCAACAGUGGAGCCUGGCUGAUGCCGUUGUCCAAGACCUAAAGCUUCCUUAUGUUGGAAGUCACAGCAAGCCGAGAGGAGUUGUCUCCCUUUAGUAAAGCCCCCAGUCAUCAGUAAAAACACUCCAGUUCAUUUUCUACAAUUCUUAGAACAGGUUUCAUAAAUUGCAAUCAAAUAUAAUAUGGACAAAUUAAGUAUGUUAUUUGCAAUUAAAAGCUCCUUCGGCUUGCAAUAGGAUAACAUUUUGCAUAAUGUCAAAUGGAGAUCUGUAGGAUAAUCAACCUGCACACUGUAAUGAAGAUAUAUUCUCAUAACACUGCCUCUUGUUUGGGCAUGUUCAAGGUGGACUUUCCACUUCACACUGUCUCCAUAGCUGUUGAGUUCAGUGUUGAAUGACUAAAAGGAAUUAAUAAAUUGAAUUAUAAGCACCUCAAUCAAAAGCCUCUCUUUUGGUAAAAAGCAGGGACUCCAGUUACAUUGAUCAUAGUGUGCGAUAAUGUUCACCAUUAACAAUUUUGUCAUGUGAAAUAUAUUGCUUAUGAACAGUACCUUUAACCCAUGACAUAUAUUACUCAAAUAAGUUAAGGAGCACCCAUUCUUUCUGUCGUUUAUCUGUCAUAGAUGAUUUAUGGUUGUAUGAAAGAACCAGAUGUUCCCAAACUUGUUUUGAGUAGUAUAAUUGUCACAUUUGGAAAUGGGAUGCACAUUUUAAAAAAUAUCCAUACUGUAUCCUUUAACAGCUGUGACAUGAUACAGUCCAUUAUGGUUGCAUAUUGUUUAAAUGACAAAUACGUCAAAAGCAGAUUUUUUUAAAUCGGAUAAAAAUACUAUCAUUUAAUCUCACAAAGGACAAGAUAGGACAGGACCUCCUUGGACCACAGGAUCAGCAUUAUUAAGUAUUGAACAGUACUAUUAUUAAUUGUCAUGAAGGUUUAUAGAUAUGUUCUCUGAAGGACAUCUAGGCCUUCUUCAUUUGAACAACUGUACGUUUGGGACAGACAAGAGUAAAUGUACAGAUGAUUUGAAAAUGUGUGAAAAAGUCUGAUUUUAGAGUUUGGUCACACUUGUAUUUUCAUUUGAAGUUCUAAAUCUGGCUUCAUUCACUCAUUUGAGUCAUACUUAUAUAUUUGAUAAUGUCAGAAGUUUGAAAUCUGUAAGAGAGAGAAAGGGCUACCUUGGUAGUAGUCAGCCAUUUGAACAUGUCUUCUAAUUGUUGUACCAACAUUCCACAGUUUUGCUUCGUAUAAAUUUGACCUAUUAGUUGGCCAGAAAAAGACCAUUUUAUUUCUUCAAUGUACCUCGCAACUUAACAACACUGAAGUGCUGUUCAAAGUGGUUCUUUUGUUACUCCAGGUUUUGUUCAGUAUCGAUAAAUAGCUUACAAUUGUAACAUGUAUCCUGAUAAUCUGUUCACCCCUUUAUGUCUGUUAACUAUGGAAUUAAGACAUUCCUGCAUUGUUCUGUGCCAUAAACUUGAUCAAUAUAUUUAAUGUGGCCACAAUGUUUGAGUAGAGCUAGUCUAUAUCCUGAUGCUAAUAUCCACAGAAAUGAAUAUUGGCAUGUUCAAAUUUGACAUUUUCAGCAUUUUCAAUGUAUAGAAACUAUACACAUGAAUUGUUUGAUUUUAUGUCACUUCAAAGCAUAAUGGUUAGACAACCUACAGUGCAAUAUUCUCAGAUUGUUAUAUUUUCUCUAACAGUGAAACUGACUACAAUGAAACCUCUAUAUACCGGACACUGCCGCUCCCAAUGAAGUCGUCCAGAAUAACAAUCUCAAGGAGUAAUGUCAUAUUUAAGAUGCCUAAACACUCCUUACAGCUAAUGUCCGGAAUAUAAAGGUUUAUUGCAUUAAUGAGGUCUAAUUAUCAGUGUGGUUUUUUUUAUUGUUUAGUCAACAUUCGAAUACUUUUAGCAGAUAAUAGAAGUUGAAUGUUCAUGUUAUUUUUCUACUUUCCACUCUGUCAUCAAUGGUACCAUGUGUGUGAGAUUUAAAAAUAUGUCUCAGUAUCUUAGUCAACACAUUGUCGGUUUCAUUACAUGUAUGUUGUCUUGAGAAGAGCGUUUUGUGAUUUAGUGCAGUUAUUUCAUGACAUCAAACUACAAAUAAUGCCCUUUGACAAAAACCCUGUGGUAAGGACCACACAAUAUAAUGCACAUCCUUUAGUAAUUAAUUACAAAAAAUAAUCUCCUUGGAACACCCCUUGAAAUCUUUUCUUUUCCACCUGCAUAUACUUUCAGCAUUUAUGUCCAGUGAGAAAUGGCGUUAACAGUCUAUUUUUCCUGUUUAGUUUGAGGCAAUAUUUAUUUUUUUCACAAUUUUGCUCAAUUAUACUUUCACUGUACAUCCUACUGAUAUUGGUGUUUGCCAUUUUCAAAACACAUUUUUCGCAGUUGAAACUACAUGAAUUAUGUGUAGCUUUGUGACAUGAAAGAUAAAAUUAUUUAUUUCCUUGCCUGUGAUAACACUUGACUGCAGAUCCACAACUGCAGAUGUCUACAGUAGGAUUCAUGCAAAGUGAUUCUGAAACAAAGUGUAUGCACUGUUAAUUAAAACUGUAGAUAGCGGUCACAAACCAUCCCUGUUGAUAUGGACUUGAGACAAUUCACUGCAAAACUGUACAUAUUUUCUUGUUAAGCAUUUACUGUUAAAUAGUGGCGUUUUCAGAUGUUCAGUGAUGUAAUGUUUGGGAUGUGUUAGAGAGUUUGGGUAUUGAUAUGUAAAUCAUUUUUCAUUAAUGUCCUUGUAGAAUGUUGUCACAGAUAUAUUUUAGUCCUGUACUGUGUAAUCAAAUUCUUUCAUGCUAUUCAUGAAUAGUCAAACUUUUAAUCAUCAAAUAUAUGUUUUCUUUUCUAUAAAUCAUGGGCUCAUGUUUAUUAUCGGAAACUGCUUCAAAAUUUAAAAGCUGGAAAUAAGGGUGAUAGACCCGUUUCAUUUUUCUGCUUUUCUUCUUUUCUCUGGUAUUUUUUAAGAUUAAACAACAUGCUGACAAAAACCUGUAUGAUUCAUUAUUGGUUCUGUUUGGGGUUUUUUUAAUUUAAAGUUGAUGUGUUUACAGUUUUAGCAUAUAUAUUUACAUUGCAAAAACUGCAAGUCGGCAACUAGUAACAGAUUUUCUUGCUAAAAUGUUAUAUGAGCUAGAACUGAAUAGGAGAAAAAAUCACAAUUUAGGUUGUGAAAUAUAUUAACAUGACAUUCGAAACAGAAAUGUGCAAUGUACAAAAAAGUUGUAUAUAUCCAAUGCUUGUAUCUAUUUCAAGUGACACAAUAGUCCACUGUAGUUAUCCACAAGAAUCUCGAUGUUGUCAGUGGACAUAGUGGACAUAGCACCAGACAACGUAUAGGUAAUGUAUUAUGUUAAACCAAGGUGCUGGUUUUGCUGUAUAGGACUAAUAUUUUCUUAUGUAUUUGAGUUAAAGAACUGAGUGUACAUAUUGU